AAUGGUAAUUUAACUAUUUUCUUCUUUGUUUUAUUAGAUAUUCCUCUUCGUCAGGUAAUAGCUGAGGAAUGUGUUGCUUUUAUGUUAAACUGGAGGGAAAAUGAAUACCUUACACUGCAAGUUCCUGCAUUUCUGCUUCAGAGUAAUCCAUAUGUAAAGCUUGGACAGCUUUUAGCAGCUACAUGCAAAGAACUUCCAGGCCCUAAAGAAAGUAGGCGGACUGCCAAAGACCUUUGGGAAGUUGUUGUUCAGAUCUGUAGUGUAUCCAGUCAGCACAAACGAGGAAAUGAUGGCAGAGUUAGUUUAAUAAAGCAGAGGGAAUCUACAUUAGGUAUAAUGUAUCGGAGUGAACUGCUUUCUUUUGUCAAAAAAUUAUGGGAACCAUUGGUUUUGACUAUUAUUUUGUCACUCUUUGUGAAACUUCACAAUGUUCGGGAGGACAUUGUGAAUGAUAUUACAGCUGAACACAUUUCUAUUUGGCCAUCUUCCAUUCCCAACCUCCAGUCUGUGGACUUUGAAGCUGUGGCAAUCACGGUGAAAGAGCUGGUUCGGUAUACACUCAGUAUAAAUCCAAACAACCAUUCCUGGUUAAUUAUUCAGGCAGACAUUUAUUUUGCAACAAAUCAGUAUUCAGCAGCUCUUCAUUAUUACCUCCAAGCCGGAGCUGUGUGUUCUGAUUUCUUUAAUAAGGCUGUGCCCCCUGAUGUUUACACAGACCAGGUAAUAAAACGAAUGAUAAAAUGUUGUUCUUUGCUGAAUUGCCACACACAGAUCAAAGCCAUCGGCCAGACAGAAUUGAAUGCAAGCAACCCAGAAGAAGUGUUACAGCUGGCAGCGCAGAGAAGGAAAAAAAAGUUUCUGCAAGCAAUGGCAAAACUUUACUUUUAAGCCGUUAAAGUUUUUUAACUUUUAUUUUUUAAACAAUGGGCUAAAAAUAAACAGUAUUAAAAGAUUGUUUAUAUAAUACAUAUGUACACAUUUAGUGGUGUUUUCAGACAAAAUACUGAAACAGAUAUUAGUUUAAAACAAAAACUAUACAGAAAACUUCAUACCAUAACAAUAGCUUAAAGUUAUAAUUUCUUCAAAGGGAGAAGAGAUUCACAUAUCUGAUAACAAAAUAAACUAGCAAACUAGUAUAAUUUUUUCUAAUUAAAUCUACUUUGAGGCUGAAAUUUAUUUUUAAAAACUAAAAUAUUUAGGAGUAGCUAGUCUAUAUACAGCAAGUUCUUAUGUCUUUUUUUUUAAUAAAUACAUUUCUAGGAAUCAGUAUACAUUUAAUACUCUUCUGCCUUAAGAAAAUAGAAGUUUAGGUCAAGUGUAAAGCUUUAUCACUUUGACACUGUCCUUAUAAUGUAGGAAUUUAAAAAGGACCUUAACAAUUUUGCAAACAUAAAUAAAGCCUUAGUCAUACUAAAAAAAAAAAAAUCCUUAGGGAUAUCUUAGAGAAUAAAGUGACUUUCUCAUAUAAAUAGUUUGAAAGGGUACUUAAGUUUUUCACCCAAAUUGUGAUAUACAAAAAGGUUAUUAUAAAAGCAAUCUAUAUGUCAAAUAAAGCCCCUAGUAGAAGCCA